AUGGUGGACAUGGUGAAUGUCCUGCGGCCGUGCCUGCACCAGGUCGCUGGCCACAUGUUUGAAGAGGGCAAAGCGGGCAGUUUCGUCGACGACGUCGGCCACUUCUACAAACCCCUGCAGCAGGGCCCCCGUGGAGACCGCGAGCGCGCCUUCUACGAGGACAUCGCCUCCGAGCUGGCGGCGGAGCACCUCUGGCGCCGCACUUCCUCGGCGCGCCGCCCCUCCCUGCGCCCCCCGCCCUUCUUCCCCGACCUGCGGGAGCUGGAGCGGCGGGGCGACAUCGCGCAGCGCGACGAGUGGGGCCUUGUGGGCAGCCCCUCCCUGCACCGGCACAGCGCCGGCGCUGGCGCCGGCAGCGACGGCGGCGCCAGCCCGCACGGCGCCAGUGACGAGGACGAGGGCACGGCCGCGGCGCUCAUGGUGGACGCCUGGGUGGCGCGACAGCGCGCUCGGGGCUGCUCGCCCUUUGCCAGCAGCAAUGGGCGCGGCGCCGUGGGGGGGUCCCCGUUGCGCAUCGACAGCACCAGCUCCAGCUCCAACGGCAAGGCCUCGGAUGCGGGGCGGGAGCCGGACGCAGAGCCUGAGCCGCAGUUUUCGGUGCUGCACUCCCCCCUACUCCGCGUCAUCCCGCGAUUCUACGGCGUGGUGACGGUGGGCCAGCGGACGCUGCUGGAGCUGGAGGACCUGGCGCGAGGGUACCGCCACCCCUGCAUCGUAGACAUCAAGAUAGGGUACCGCACAUGGUACCCGGAGGCGGGCGACGAAGCAUACAUAGCACGCUGCAAGCAAAAGGAUGCGGCGACCACGCAGGCCCGCCUGGGCUUUAAGAUCUGUGGCAUGCAGGUCUGGCGCUCAUGCCAGGGCGGGUACUGGCGGGCGAGCAAGCGCUGGUGCAAGACGCUGCCCGAGGCCCUGGUUGACAAGGCGCUGAUGAGCUUCACAAACAACGACGCAGAGGGCGCGGCCGUGCGCGUCAGGCUGGUGGAUUUUGCGCACAGCUUCCGCACGAAUUCCUCCGCUCGUGACGACAACUUCCUGCUGGGCCUCACGUCGCUAAUGCAGCGCAUGCGACGGGUACAAGGGGAAGACCUGGACAUCGCCUUUGUUUGA